AUGAACAAUUCUGGUGACGCCGAAAAUGGUGGCAGCGGUGACCCAAGUAAGGAAGAAUGCGAAAAGCUAAUCAAAUCAACCACAUUCAUCAAUGGCGCAAAGACCUUUGAGUGCUCCUCCGCGAUCGCGACAGUCGAUGCCAUUCAAAGCAGCAGCGAUGGCGUUGAAAUAUUCCUGAGCCAUAACAAAUUGUCAGGCCAUGUCAAAAGUAUUAUGGGUCACGUGAAUGAUUACUUCACCAAAAAGAUAAAGGAGGAAAAGUCCAAAUGA